AUGGCAGCCGCACCCGGGGGCCGCGUUGGGCUCCGCCGGCCCCGCUCCGCCACCGCCGGAUUACAGGCCCCAGGCCGCGGCCCGGCCACCCCGGCUCGGCUCGGCACGGCCGGCGCCGGGUUCGCUCCCCCUGCUGAGCGCUGCCGCAGGGCCGCCGCUCACCUGCGGGUGCCGCGGGCGGCUCGGCGCCUGCCCCCGGAGCGGGCGGAUGGGGAGACGCGCCGACCCGGCCCGGCCAGGCCCCGCCGCCGCUCCGCCGCCUCCCUCCUCCUCCCUCCCCCGCAUGCGCGCGCCCGACGCCGCCGCCGCCAUCCCGCGAGGGCGCGCGCCCGCCCCGCGCGCCCCCGCUCUAGGGGUUCGGCGGCCGCGGCCAAUCAGCGCGCGCGCGCCCGCGCGGGCCUAGCCCCCCCCCUUCCACCCCCCCGCACGAGCACCCCCCCUCGACGGCCCCCCCCACCCCCAUCUCGGGAGGGGGAGGUGGGGAGGGGGCGCUCAGUGCUGCCCCCCCCCGGCGCGCCUCGGCCUGCCCCGCUCCCCGCAUCCCCCCCACCCGGCACCGCGGCCUCGGGGCCGCCGCCCGCACCUCCAUUGCAGGCGGAGGCAGGGGGCACCGGGCGGGAUGGGACGGGGCGGCCCCGCAGUGUCUCCCCUGCCGCUCCCCCCCCCCCUCCCCCCCACGCCGGGCAGGCCGCGGGCCUGCGAACGGCGGCGGAGCGGGCGCCAACAAAAUGGAGUCGGCCAGGCCCUGCGCCCCGGCGGGGCACCCGGGCGGCGCCGGCCCCCGUGCAUCGCUCGACACCGCUCCCGGCCCCGGUGCCCGCGGGCGGUCAGCGGGGCGGGUGGCGCGGGUCGCCACCCGCCCCCGCUGGGCUCGGGUUACCCCCUGCCAUUGUCCGCCGCGCCCCGCGGGCCGGCUCGGCGCCCCCGCCGCGCUCCCCCGCCGCCCUCCCGCGCACCGGCGGGCCGGGCCGUCGCCCUCCGCGGGGCCGCCGUGCAGAGCCGUGCGAGCCUUGCCGAGCCUCGCCCGCCGGGGAGCGGCGCCGGGUGCCCGCGGCCUGGCUGUCCUCGCCGGGCUCCGCCGCUCCCGGACAGCCGCGCUCCCACCCGCCCUCCCGCCGCCGAGCGGCGCGCACCGGCCCCACGCCCGCCCGUUCCGCCGGGACGGGCUGCCACCGCCGCCCCCCGCAACCGGCCCGCGGCGGGCGGCGGCUCCGUCGCUACCUCCGAUGCGGGCCGGGGUCUCCGCCGCCAGCCGCACGGGUCCGGGCGCCGCGCCGCGCCGCCGCCGCACCGGCACGGCUGGGCAGGCACGGGGCGGGGGGCAGCCGGGGCAGCGCGGGGAUGUGGCACCGGGGCGGUGCUGCCCGGGCCGCGCGGGGGGCAGGGCCGGGCUGCCGCCCCCCGGGGUGCCGCCGCGGGGCUCGACGCGGCGCUGCCCGCGCGGACCUGCUCCCCCCGCCCGCCGCUGCCCUUUGUUUCGUACCCCCCCCCCCCCCGCGCUCCGACGUCCCGGCCGUGCGGGAGCCCCCGGCCGUGCUGGCGCCGCACUCCCCCCGCCGGGCUGUGCCCCGGAGCAGCCGCUCUGCACACCCAGGCAGGGAGCACCCGCUGCCCGGGCCUCGCUGCCCCGCACGCGCAGCUUUUCUCCGCUAA